CCGGCUACUGACUCUGUUCACCCUCCUGUGUUACUGAGUAGUAGAACAGUAACAGACUCCUUUUGGACCAGCAGAUCGGUAAGACUCUCCCUUACAGCAGAUCGGGAGGAUGGCCAACGUCCAGGUGCCUGUUGUGGCCAUCGGUGCGUUUGGGGACAGUCCUGUCCAGAUGACCUGUCCUACCUGUCACCAGACCGUGGUCACUAAGGUUGACUUCUCCUCUGGUGUCCUCACCUACCUCUUCUGUGGAGGACUCUUCUUCUGUGGGUUUGUUCUGGGUUGCUGUCUCAUCCCGUUCUGUUUCGACAGGCUCAAAGACGCCAAGCACACGUGUCCCUCCUGCAAGACCCUCCUGGGGGUUUAUAAGCGCUUAUAAGCCCAUAAUAACCAGCAGGAGACUCUCGUGUCUUUUGGGAAGCUAGCUACAACAUUGUGUCUUGUCUUCUGAGACAAGUUGCUCUUCCAACACAGUCUGUUGUUUCUCUCAGCUUCCACCCAGUAGUACUGCACAGCAGGCUACCACGUGAUUGAAAGACCAAUUAGUUUAACUCAAUAGAACAAUUUAACUGUCACAGAAUGUUGUCAUUGACAGUGUUCCGUUCCUUCCUGCCCUCUCCCUUGCUAUCAGUUAACGGUUGCCUUGGCAACGGCAAAAAUGUACGACUUAACUUAGAUUUAACUCAAUAUAACAAUUUAAUUGUCAGUGACAGUGUUCCAUCCCAUCCCGCCCUGUCCCUUGCUAUGCAGUUAACGGUUGCCUUGGCAACGGCAAAAAUGUACGACUUAAAUUGGAUUUAACUCAAUAGAACAAUUUAACUGUCACAGAAUGUUGUCAUUGACAGUGUUCCGUCCCAUCCCGCCCUGUCUCCUGCUAUGCAGUUAACCGUUGCCUCGGCAACGGCAAAAAUGUACGAUUUCAAUUAGAUUUAACUCAAUAGAACAAUUGAAUUGUCAUUGACAGUGUUCCAUCCCAUCCCGCCCUGUCCCUUGCUAUGCAGUUCACCGCUGCCUUGGCAACGGUAAAAUAUGAGUGCCAUAGAAAUAGACAAUGUAGAAUGUGAGUAUUCAUGGUUUGAUGGUUGUUGUAUGAUCUGUAAGUUAUAUUACUAUAAUUGUCUCAAUGCAGCACCGUGAGUCUUUCUGAUUGAGUACUGUACUGGUUUGUUAGGAAUAAACUGAGCCCUGAAAAAUACAAUCAUUUCACAACCGCUAAAAUAUUUUGUUAAUUUGUAGAAAAACAUUUUUUAUUAAAUUAUCAGCUGUUAGUUCAUAGGCUGUUUAUUUCUUUAUAAAUAAAAUGUAAAAAAUUGGGGGGGGGGGGAUUGUGUAAUAAUAUACAUUUUUAUUAAUUAAAUCAUACAU